AACUGUUGCGCCUUUUGCAAUCAUCCUUUGUGGUGCAUAAGCUUAUAUGUUAAACUUAAAAGUAGAGACUGUUUGAUGAGAUGCUUGUCCAGGUUCAGAAUCAUCCUGUCUGACUAAUACACAUCUUUUAUCGCUGAACGCAUGUCAGUGAUUAUGAUGGGUGAAGAGGGUUUACCUCCAGCUCCACCCCCACCACCACCACCAUCUCCAGUUUCACCCCAGCGACCCAUUCCAGGUGAUAAUGCUGAUGAUGGUUCUGUCUGCACUCAGCCAAUAGAACAACCAAUCACCAAAGAGAUCUCAUCCCACAGUUUAGGAUGUGAAGCUUAUGAACUAUUUCAUAAAAAGCAGUCCAGUCUUAGCAACUCUGCCAAAUACUGCUAUAUUUCUUUCUACCAACCUGUCUCCCCUAUUUUACAGAAUGGACCAGCGUGUGGGAUUGUAGCUCUAGCCAUGUCAGCGUCUCUCCUCGGUAAACCUCACAUCAAGACACAGCAUAUAUUUAAUAGGAGCAGAGAGCUGAACGUGUCAAAACAAGGAGAGCUGUUUUCAGUGGAGUACAUGAAAACCUUGGCACAAGACACGCUACACUGUCCUGCAAUGGUGUCUGGUGUGUGUGGGGAUGUUGAGAGACAGCUGAUUGUGAAGAGCCUCCUUCAAGGCGCAGUGCUGCUGAUACCCUAUGAUUCGGACAAAAACCACCGUCCUUGUUUGAAGAAAGGUCAUAAAGCUCAUUGGGCUCUCAUAACAGGUUUCUUUCUCGUGGUCGACCACGAACUGGAAUCAACAGUACGCUCGCUCUGUUCAGCGGACCCUGAACACAGUGGUUUGUAUCAUUGUUCCAACCCGUCCUCGCUGCUACAGCUGCAGCAUGCGGUGCAGCGUGUCACGGUGUACGCCCAGCAGGGAAAGAGCAAGUACCCCGGGGUGUGGCCGCUCGAGGACCUCCUGGCCAGCACCACGAACCUCACAGAACUCGACCCUGACCGGGCGGCAGACUCAGAGUCCUACGUCAUUCCUCAUGGAGGUGUAUUGGAAGGGUUGUGUGGAAGGAUAGUCAUUCUUACAAAGGAUUAGGAUGUUAUAAUAUUGCAACAAUAGGCAACCGUCCUGGGCCCCUGUUUUACAAAGCGAUCUUAGCUCUAAUUAUUUUAUGCAUUUAGACCAUAAGGCUGGUACUGUGUUCGUUGCUCGGUACCGGCUCCCACCCAGAGCAAGUUUUAACGACUCAAGUGGUAGGUGUAAGGCUACUACACGUCUAUCUCAUUGUCCUGGACAGAUAGCUGAGAUGGAUGUGCCAAUGACAGCAUGCUUGAACCUUAGUUGGAUCUAAGCACGAAAUAAGUACAAACCAACCAACAAAAUAAUGCAUUUAAGGUGAUAUUAGCGCUAGAUUUGCUUCACGGAACACGAGACCCUGGUGUGUCAGAAUAUUAAGCGGGUGUGUCCGUUUUUUCGUGCCUUGUUUUUAUGUGCCUUUCUUCCUGUCUGGUAAAAUGUAGCUUAAAUAUUAAGAAUAAGAGAUGCAGAUUUGUGUUUCCGUGCCGUUGCUUGUUUUUAUUAUAGCCAUGAGGUGUUAAGAUCUCAAUGUUGUCAGGGCAUCUUUGAACUGAGAUGGUCUGACUGUGUGUUCCAUUUAUUUGUUAUCUAAUUGUUUCCAUUUUAUCUGAACCCAGUAAUGGGGGGAAUUUGUGUUUUGCUUCUUUGUUUUUGUAGCUGACGUCUUUUUUCCCAUUGUCAUUAUUAUUUCCUUCUAUCAUACACGAUAAUUAUUUUCCGAUUAUUCCCUCAUUUCCAGGUUGUCAGCAAUAAUCUCCUAUAUACCAUAAGUGACAGGGCUCCCAUUUUUGAAGGGGGUCAGGCUGGAUUUUGCCCGAAUUAAACAAAAAUGCCCGAAUCUGGAUAACAACAUACCAAACAGCUAUAUAGGGUUUCAAACGAAUGACUACACAUUUAUACAUGGAAUACAACUACUUUUGAGGGUAGAAUGAUGGAAAUACAUGGUACAAAGUUAUCAGGUUAGCACACUUUACCAGAAUAUCUGUAUCAUGUUUGCCCGAAUUUGAGGUUUUGCUCCAGCACUUGGGGGUGGGGAGCAGCUGCCCCCCUGCUUCCUGUCUCGUAGGCUUAUGUCCUAUACUAACUGGCUUCUGGAGAAAUCUAAUCAAUUACUCUAUGUACUUUUCUUUCUUUUAAUUUGUUUCCUCUUUGUUUAUAGCAAUUUUUAAAUAAAAUUCUUAAUUUAUUAUAUUUUGCUCAUCUUAACUUGUAUAAUAUUAAAGAGAGGCCUUAGUAUGGGCUUUUGCCAGUUGGCUAAUCAGUCUAUUUGAUGGUAAAUAUUGUUUAAACCGAUGAUGAUAUGGCUUAAAGUUACCACAGAUAUGUUUUAUACGACACACUAGUAGAAGAAGUCAGGCGCGGAUUCAGGUGGGGGCCCCUUAUUUUUGGUGAAACAAUAUAUAUUACAGAAUACAUAAAGAUGCAAAGUUAUCCCGUCCACCUUUCUAGGACCUUUCAAUUAUAUUUUCAAAUACAUUGUACUACAACGGGUUUUGGGCCCCCUCUAUUCAAACAUCGUGGAUCCGCGCCUGGAAGUGAACCACGAUGUGUUGUCGGUGAGUCUUGUUUUGAAAAGUGUAAUUCAUCUGUGACGACAGUGUAUUUAAGGACUGGAAUGUUGUUACUGACUAUAAAAUAUUUUUUAAAUUAA